CAAUCACGACACAGAAUGCAGCGAGGAGCAGCAGCAGCUGUUUUAACCUCACUUAUGGAUUCAUCUAUCUAAUAUUUUGAGCUGUGCAUUUAUUUUCAGAUAGUUACCAUUUAUUGCGUGACUAUCUACCAGAUCUAGAAACACCGUCGGGAAAUGUCACAUAGCGACUAGAUAGACACUGUUGAGCGAAGUAGUCUGCCUGCCUUCCUUUGAAGUCUACCCCGUUGCGCACUGGCUAUAUGCUUGGUCAGUCUGCCCGUCCGUGUGCCUCUUGGUGAAUGGGACGUUGUAAAACGGCAUUAUCCGACUAAUGUUGGAUAAAUGACUCACUCAUGAAAGUCUCUUCGAGGUCUGCGGACAGAGCCAGCGGCCGUAUGGGAAAUGCAUGUGGCCGGGAAACAGCUACCGGAACAGAUAGAGCGUCCAGCCAGCCUCUUGGUUCCAACUUGGACAAAGUCUGGAAUUGCCCUGCUGUAUAACAAGGAGACCAGUAAUACUUAUGAUGUCCGUCUGAAGCUGACAAAAGAGGUGUUGACCAUACAGAAGCUGGAUGUGGUUUGCACGAGAGGGGGUGACCCACAAUUAAAUCACAGAACUGUCGUACUCCGAAGACAGGCAGCUGGAGGUCUGGGUCUAAGCAUCAAAGGAGGUGCUGAGCAUAAAGUACCUGUGGUCAUUUCAAAGAUGUUUAAAGAUCAAGCAGCAGAUCAAACUGGGAAGCUAUUCGUUGGGGACGCUAUGUUACAGAUCAAUGGCAUUAAUGUCGAACAUUGUAGUCACGAAGAAGUUGUUCAUCUCCUGCGGACUGCCGGGGAGGAAGUCACCAUCACUGUUCGUUUCCUCAGGGAAGUUCCGUCUUUUCUAAAGCUCCCAUUGGGCUCUCCUGUUCCACCCGCUGAUCAAAGUAGCAGAGUCUCUUCACCACUAUUUGACAGUGGUUUACAUUUAAAUGGGAAUUCUAGCAACACAGCUCCAUCCUCGCCUUCCUCACCCUCGGCUAAUGAACCAAAGUAUGAGAAGCGCUGGCUGGAUGCAGUGUCCCUACCCUUGUUGAUGGCCCGAGUCUCCAAAUACAAAGCCGGAACGGAUAAAUUAAGGUCGAACAGCUUUGAAGUCUGCGCCUUAGAUGGAGCGAGCAUCAAUAUUCUACAAUUUUGCACUGCAGCAGAAAGCACUGACUGGCUUCAAGCAAUAUCAACCAAUAUCAGUGAUUUGACACUGGAGAAUAUGAAAAUGAUUAACAGAUAUUGCUCUCCGGAUGAUCAGAUUGUCCACAUGGGUUGGGUGUGUGGAAACCCGCACGCUGAUGAUGCUGGUCCAUCGAGUACCUUCAAGUUCCUGGCAUUGAGAGGCCCUUGGCUCUACGUCUUCAGGAGUCCUCCUGUUAGUGCAACUGACUGGGGACAAGCUGAAACCCUGUAUGUCCUUUAUGAGGUUCUGUUCAAGGUUCAUAAGCUGUGGAUGGCAGAGGACUGCUGGAUCCAAGCCAAGUUCUACCUCGGCCUCCAGCAGGAUGAGGAGCUGCAGGACGGAGAGCCUUUCUGUUUCAGUAUCCUGGUCGGCCACGGCCAGAGUCACACCUUCAGCGUGGAGAUGACCUCUGACCUCGCCGUGUGGGAGAAGUCCUUCCAAAGAGCCGUCUUUAUGGAGGUGCAGAGAAUCGGAUCAAAGACCUACAUGUGCAGCAGCCAGGGUAAAGUACUGUGUUUGACUAUAGACUUUGGAUCUGGCUUCACUUGUUCCGAGAGCUCCUCGAAGACGAUAUUAUGGAGAUACAAAUUCUCUCAACUGAAAGGCUCCUCUGAUGAUGGGAAGACAAGGGUGAAACUCCUCUUCAAGAAUGCUGAAAACAAACAGAUAGAGAUGAAGGAGCUGGAGUUUUCCAAUCUGACGGCAGUCCUCCAUUGUAUUCAUUCUUUUAUCGCCUCCAAAGUGGCCUCUGUGGACCCUGUCUUUGUCAACAGUCAAAGCAUCUCUGGAAAAUACAUGAUUUAGACACUUCCUGGUGUUGUCAUGUACAGUUUAGUCACAUGAGCUAAUUGACUAUUUUAUGCACAUUCAAAUUAAAUUGAUAUGUAUAUCUUGUUCCUGUUAUUUUUGUAAGGCUCUUGUUAAAUAAUAAUAAGGAAAAUAUUUUAAAAAAACAUAUUUGACUUUGGAAGUAGGGGAUAUUUAUACUUGCAUUAAUUGGUUGUUAUUGACAUUACAGUAUGAAUAUGCUCAAAAUGACAGAUUUCUUUUCCCAUGUAGAAAAACAUGUUACUGGGUUGCAUGUUUCGCAUUGUCAAUGAGCGCUGAUGAAGAGUUCAUCAUAAAUGCAUUACAGUAGCUUGGAAAUUCAAAAGGAGGCAAAUAAUUGGUAGGAAAACCUUUUGUCAUCAUUUUGAUGUCACCAGAUUGGCUUUAGAUGCAGUGUAACGUUAGCUAGCGAGCUAAGAUUGAAGGAAGGCCACCAGAUUGGCUUUAGAUGCAGUGUAACGUUAGCUAGCUAGCUAAGAUUGAAGGAAGGCCACCAGAUUGGCUUUAGAUGCAGUGUAACGUUAGCUAGCGAGCUAAGAUUGAAGGAAGGCCACCAGAUUUUAGCUAGCUAACAUUACCAUUGCUAUUUAUUUAUUUUUUACAAACUUUGAUAGCUAAUGACACCAUUGCCAUUUGUCUACAGUAAAUUUGACAACAUGAUAACUCUGGCAAUGUUGUUUCCUACUAAAUAUUUGAUUACUUUAGCAGCAGUCAUCAUAUUUCCAGGCACUGUAGUGUAAUUUAGACGAAACAGUAGUUAGCCUGGGCGUAUCACCACUAUGGCGCCGCCAAUAGAGAACUGCUUGAGAACGUUCAUGACAAUGGCAUGGCGCGACCCAGUGACGGCGGUACAACCUAUGAAUAGGGCCUACAAGUCACAAAGAGGGUUUCUUUGUUCUAGGUUCAUUGCAAAGUUUUGAAUUCAUGUGCAGUUGAACUUUUUUUUUCUCAUAUUUACAAAGUAAAAAGCAGAACAGUUUAUACUGUACAAAUCAAUACACAUGAAAACAUUUUGAAAUUAGUAUUCUACUGGGCUAUACUCUGUGGUUGAUUUAACUUAUUCCAUGACUUCUGAGCGUGGCUGUUGCAUGACUUUGGAAAAAGAGUGUCUGGAGAGUUUUGUUUAGAGGCGCACAAAUGCAGGGCUUGGUGGAGGCGUUCAUGACACCAGAGGGUGUUUUAGUUUAUGUAGACAGUCACUGCUAGUCACUGAUAUUCUCCCAUAACAAAGGGUUGUGUGGAAGGACACUUGGGGAAGAAGAUGCAGGCUUAUUGUAGCAAUGCUAUGUUAGGAUACUGUAUCUGUCAGAUGACUAAAAUGCUAGUUUAUGAAAAUAAAUCAACAUGUAUGUUUUAAGUUUUGUAAUAUUUUACUUUAUAAGGCCAUGCAGUCUGACAGUCAUUACAAACGCUUACCAUCAUAUACAUCUAUAUCUGUAUUUUUACCCAGCCUCUUUGGUUUUAUUUUCUAUUACUAAAUAAACCCCAAAUCAUUCCUC